AUGUUAUCCAACUCGAGUCGACAAGGGAGUCGAUAUGCAAAGGCCAUUUUCAUAGAUGUGAUUUGCCCAUGGCUCGUCUCUCUUUCAAACGGAUUCUCCAAGUCUACGCUUACUCCAAGUCAGUGGCUGUCGCCUCAAAUUCUAAUCGACUUAAAACUUCAUUCGCGCCAAAAAGGACAGGAGAUCCGCUACCAAAAACCUGACCAAAUUUCCUCUCGUCCCCCACUACCUCCACGGAUUUCUCAGAAGCCCUUCCAGCGGGUAUCUCACUCCUUCUUCCUCUACUCUCCUCCUCUCUGCUUGUCUCACUUUCUCCUCCACUCCCUUCCUCACUUCACCUCUCUCACUCUUCUUCCCUCUAUAACUCUCUCUCUCCCUCUGUGUAACAGACGGUAUUUUAAAGAACGAUAUCUAUUCUUCCCAAAAAGGUAUCUAUCUAUCUAUCUGUCUCGGUAUAUAGGUAUCUAUCUAUCUAUCUGUCUCGGUAUCUAUCUAUCUGUCUCGGUAUAUAGGUAUCUAUCUAUCUAUCUGUCUCGGUAUAUAGGUAUCUAUCUAUCUAUCUAUCUGUCUCGGUAUAUAGGUAUCUAUCUAUCUAUCUAUCUGUCUCGGUAUAUAGGUAUCUAUCUAUCUAUCUAUCUGUCUCGGUAUAUCGGUAUCUAUCUAUCUCUCUGUCUCUGUCUCGGUAUAUAUCUAUCUGUCUCGGUAUAUAGGCUAUCUAUCUGUCUCUAUAUCGGUAUCUAUCUGUCUGUCUCAUUCGGUAUCUAUCUAUCUAUCUGUCCGUAUAUCGGUAUCUAUAUCUAUCAAUCCGUAUCUCAUCCAUGUAUUUAG